UCACACGGUUCAUGUCCUGGUGAAAAGAAAAAUGCUAGCAUGGCCAGGUAAUAAUCGAUCAAUUCCCAGGCUCCACAUUUUUCGGCGCAUAGCACCCAGGGCACCGUCCAAAUAUAUUACACUUUCUACUGGCCAUGUGCUUAAGUCAUCUAUCCCUUAUCUGCUGUAGUGAAUGAACUCUCUUAAUUUGGAGGCCCUGCUCACCUCGCCACCUCCCCAUCAGCAGCGCUCCCCCGCUAGGCGUCUCAUCUUCUCCCCAGACCCCAGCCACCGGCUCUGCUUCCGCUGCCUCUCCCCGGAGCACGGCGUCGGUGAUUGCAGGGGGCCUCUCCGGUGCGCGGCCUGUGGACGCUACGGCCAUAAGGCUAGAGGAUGUUGCGCGCCGGACGAAGCCGCUCGACCUCUCCGCCCUCGCCUCGGAGCCCCGCCGCCGCCGGGUUUCGUCGUGGCUUCCUCGCUAGGGCUCCCACCCCUUUUCCGCGUGGCCCGCCUCCCUCGCCCUCGUCGUCGGAUGUGGCUGCGCUGGCGCGCUCGGCGACUGCGCCUCCAGCUCCCUUGGCUGGCUCUGGGCGCAGCAUCAACCACCGUGGGCCGCCCACCUUUGCUCCGGUGGUGGGCGCGCACGCGCCUCCCCCGUCUUCGUCGGCUCCUGCGAUGCCGCGCGCUUGUUGCGCGCAGGUGUACUUGCCACCCCCGGCUGACACGGACCAUGCCCGCCGUUUGGCCUUUGCGGUGAUCGAGCCCGCGGCGGACGCUCCCGGCUUCCUCCUGCGCCGCGCGUUGGAAGAACUCGGUGGGAACCCUCCCGUGGGGCUCGCGGCGAGCGACUUUGGAGCGCUGAUGGUGGUCUUCGCCUCUCCGGCGGACCGCGAACGCGCGCUCGCCCGGGCGCCGCUCAUGCUCGAGGGACACUCCAUCUCUCUGGAGAGGCCCGAAGAUGGCGCCAACCGCGCAGCGUGGCUGCACCCGCGUUUCGCCCAGCUCUCCGCCACCGGCUUCACAUUGGAGCAUUGGGACGCCCACGGCAUCCACGCGGCCUUCCGUAGCAUCGGCAGCGUGUGCUGCAUCGAUCCCCAAUUCCUCGACGGGCUCGAUUUCUCCGCCGUUCGGGUGGUGGUCAAGCUCGCCCAUGCCGACGACGUCCCGCCUAUCCUGAUGGUCCAGGACGCCUUCAACGAGUGCUCCUCCAAGGUUCGCAUGCGCAUCGUCCGCUCUUGGGCCUGCGACGGCGCGGGCCAGCUCCACGGGCACUUCCACGUCGGCGGCGAGCCGGUUGGGGCGCGCCAAUCUCGCCUCAGCGACAUCGACGACGACUCCGUCGUUGGGGCGGCCUCGCCUCCUCCUCCCGUCAUGCCUCCACCCCAGUCCUCCUCUGUGCUCAACCUCUAGGGGAGGAUUGUUGCCCGUCGCCAGGGCAACCUUGAGCGCGCCAAGGCGCUGGACGGCGUCGACGGCCUGCCCGCUGACUGCGGGUUCCCGCUGCCUGCUCCGCCAUCAAGCCCCCUGACGGUGCUUUGGGAUCAGAUCCUUGCUCGUCGUCUCGCGUCGCAGUUCCCGGAGUGCGGCAUGAGCACCGAUCAGGUCUCCCUCUCACCCUCCCCUUUUCCUUCCGUUUCUUCCCCUAGCCCCUGCCCAACCCCUGCUCCCCUUUUGCUGCAGUGGUACGACACCAUCCGGGUGCCGGCGACUCCUCUGGUGGCUUCCAGUGACGCUGAGGAUGGAUGCGAGGAGGCUGUCCCUCCCCCUGUGCCUCUCGCUUCCCCAGUUCAGGUGGCCUCGGACUCGACGGUGCUGCUCCCAUGCGCCGGUGAAGCGGAGCAUGAGGAUGCCGUGCGUAAGCAACCCGUCCGCCGCAAAAGGGCGGUGGACUCUGCCUUCAAGGCUAGACGCAGCUCCCGCCUUGCGGCCAAGGAGGCUCCCCAGUUCCUCACCAUGCUCUCCAAGGCUAAGGCGGCCAAGGCUUCGCGGUACAACCUGGACGGCGGCACGCCGCGUUUCCUGGAGGCCGCCGCAGACGCAGGCUUCGGUGGCGCCUCCGAUCCCGGCCCGAUCCCCCUCCCCCGGCUCAUAGCCUUGGCGGCUGCAUGCGGUGUCGACCCCAACGCCGUCGUGGACGCCGACCCGAUGCCCUCUUCCUCUGCAUGAUCGUGCGGCCCUUCGGCGCCGCCGCUUGGGCAAGGGGGACGAUCGUCCUCGCCAGCACCGUCGCCUGCCUUGAGCUGGUGCCCCCUUGCUCAGCCCGCCUUCGUCAAAGCUGUUGUUCUAGGAUCUCUGAGAUUAGAUGCCUAGCUGUGCCUUCUUUUUUCCUUUUUUUCAUCCUCUGUUACCUCCGUUCCUCUGGCCUUAAGCCAUCGUAGCCAACAACAGCUUAUGCUUUUUUGUACUGCCACGGUGCCUUCCCGGGUUAUCAAAUGAGUGGUACUGUUGUUUUUGUCGUGAGUUCCUGGAACAUUCGUGGUUUGGGUGACGCAGACAAGUGUGAUAUCGUGCGCGCCUCGCUUUCUUCCUCUAAGCCUAAUUUCGUAUGUCUCCAGGAGACCAAACUC